CGCACCAAAGCUCCGUUGUGAGAUGAGUCUGUUAUCGGACAGUGAGCGGCUCUAAUUGGAUCUCUGAUUGGGAAUUUCGAGUUUCGAGUGAUAAGAGGAUUUUGGACACUGAGGAUAGCAGUAAAAUGUGGAUCCCGCUGUCGACGGUAACGGCUCUGUGCGUCCUGUUGGAUGUCGCUGUGGACGUCAGUGGGGCGAGUGCGAGUGCCGAGGAUGCACUCGAGGUGGCGUUUGGCGAGCGGACUCGUGCCGAUUGGGAAAAAGUUUGGCACCAGGAGAGUCACUCGCGGUGCCGCGAGAAGCUCAUCCGGCAUCUGUACUGGGCCUGCGAGAAGGAUAUCUAUCGGAUUUCGCGGAGAAACGACCAGCCGGAAGUGGUGCCGGCGAUGAUCGACGCUUCGAAUCCCGGGAAGCGAGCUAACGCUCUGCCAUUCCUCUCGCGGUGGACCAUCGGUGAGGAGCAGGCGCGAAGCUUCCUGCGCAUCCGUCGCACCGGAAAGCGCCGCUCGGGUGGUUCCAUCACGGCCGAAUGCUGCACCCGGGUGGGCUGCACCUGGGAGGAGUACGCGGAGUACUGCCCUUCGAACAAACGCAUCAACCGCUACCGGAAGUAGAGGUGGCACCGAGACCUAAUGGCCUAAUGUUCGGAUCGGAUCGUGUGUAUAUCAUCAGGACAAAGAACGUGUGACGUGUUGUGUUGGUUUGUGGCGCAAAUUAUUAAUAUAUUUGUUUUU